ACGUUACGUCACUCGCUCAGUGUGAGCGGGACAGAGGGCGUCCCGUACCUUGCAUCCUCUCCGCUAAGAGAAACCCUCGUUUGGGUGACCGGAUUAGCGACUUCAAUUUGUACUCCAAUCGAGCUGCGUGUGUGUGUAAAACCUCAGGGAAAAUGAUUAAAAACGGCCAUCACGACACAAAGGAGCAACUUGGGGAAGGCGGCCGUAGUAAUGAAGCAGCUGUUUCAGGGUGCAGCCCGGAGAAAAGGAAGCGCGUUGUUCGCCUUUGGUGUGACGGCUGUUAUGACAUGGUCCACUAUGGUCACUCAAAUCAACUGCGGCAAGCUAAAGGCAUGGGGGAUUACCUCAUCGUUGGAGUGCACACUGAUGCGGAAAUCUCCAAGCACAAGGGCCCGCCAGUCUUCACUCAGGAGGAGCGCUAUAAGAUGGUGCGGGCCAUCAAGUGGGUGGAUGAGAUUGUGAAAGGAGCACCCUAUGUAACGACCCUGGAGACUCUGGACAAGUUUAACUGUGACUUCUGCGUACACGGAGAUGACAUCACGCUGACUGUGGAUGGCCAAGACACGUAUGACGAGGUGAAGAGAGCAGGCCGUUAUCGGGAAUGUAAACGCACGCAGGGAGUCUCCACCACAGACCUCGUGGGACGUAUGCUUCUCAUGACCAAAUCACAUCACAGCAACUUGGAUAAUCCAGAUUAUCAGCAGCAUACGGACAAUUUUGGAAAGGGUCCUAAAGGCCACAGUCCAUGGACUGGAGUGUCUCAGUUUUUACAGACGUCCCAGAAGAUCAUCCAGUUUGCCUCGGGGAAGGAGCCGCAGCCCGGAGACACCAUCAUCUAUGUAGCCGGGGCAUUUGACCUCUUCCACAUCGGCCAUGUUGACUUCCUAGCAAUGGUCUACAAGAUGGCAGAGAGACCUUACGUCAUUGUAGGUCUGCAUUUUGACCAGGAAGUGAAUCGGUACAAGGGAAAGAACUAUCCAAUCAUGAACGUCCACGAGAGGACCCUGAGCGUCCUGGCCUGUCGGUAUGUGUCAGAAGUGGUGAUUGGUGCACCCUACGCAGUGACCAAAGACCUACUGGAUCAUUUUAAGGUGGACUUGGUUUGUCAUGGCAUGACAAAAGUAUUCCCUGACAAGGAUGGGUCAGACCCCUACGCUGAGGCCAAGAAGAGAGGGAUAUUUAGGACCAUUGACAGUGCAAACAAUCUCACCACCGAUGACAUCGUUCAGAGGAUCAUUGAAAACAGGCUGCAGUUUGAAGCCAGGAACCAGAAGAAGGAGGCCAAGGAGAUGGCGGUGAUCGAGGCGAUGAAGAAGAAAGAGGAGCAGAGCGAAUCUGCUCACUAGAGGAAUGGGACUGUGGGACUCUACCGCUUCUAUGUGGGAUGUACUGACUCUGGUACGUGGGUGAUCUUAACCAGGGUGGAUGAUCCACUCGGUCUCAACAGUCAGCUGCUGCAGUUCAUGCAGCUGGUCACAGACAUUCAUUUGGGUGCAGAAUCCUGGUUUGUGUCUAUGCUGCUGGGUGGCUUCGCUCUAUGCUCUACUCCGAUAGGAUAGAUCCAGACUUGUUUGUAGCUGUAUAAACCUUUAUAGCGAUAUAUUUUUAACAAUCGGUUGUUGUAAUCACACAACACAUACCCCGAUGUGGGUAUACAAGUAGUAUGAUAAAACCCUAACUUAUAGGAAAAAUAUUAAUUGUCAGUUAUAUUUGAAUUUUAAUUCAGUUUUUACAAACCUAUUUUAAACAAGUCACCGGUAUGGUUGAUUUUAACACAAUAAGAAUAAUAAGAGGUUUUUUAAAUAAUUAAGUUAUUGUCAGUCUUAUGCAUCUUAAAAAAAGAUGCAAUUUCUUCUGAAUAGUCUUGUAGAUAUUAUCUUUUAAACUGGACCUUCAACUACUAUUCAAUUACCUGAAGUUGUGUGUGUGUGUGUGUGCGUAUGCUCAAAUGCAGAAUUUAAGGAAUGUUUGUUUGGCUUGUUAAAGACACCAGUGCCUCAUUCCUGAAGCGACAACAAAUGUCAGGGUAUUAUGUAAAAUAAUUCAAAUGUUGACUUCAUGUGUAUACAGUUUUUCUCAGUCCCCUGAGAAACCUGCUUCUGAAAAGGUCUUUUGUUGUUCUUGGAGACAAAUAACAUAAAUAUUUUGGUUUAGUUACGCUGUAAUUGUUUUUGACUUUUCAAGGUUUUGCAUGUACCUAUGAAAGAACAAUGUAAAUUAACAUUCUUCGUUUGUCAUACAAUGCAUUUCUGAAGUCUGUCUAUGGGAUGAUUUAAAAGUUGUCAAUAAUAAUCAUAAAUAUAAUAUUGUAUAAUGUAAUAAAUCUGCUAUGUGGCAAAGAGUUAUAUAA